AUUCGGUUAUCAUGAUCAACUUACCCUCAAGUAUACCCACUAGAACAUGAUUGAGACGAUCUACAUCGCUAGACAUGGCUUCAGAUUGAACUGGAUUAACACGAACUGGAAGAGUCCUACGGGUCUUCCAAGAGAUCCUCCUUUGGCCGCUUAUGGAGAGGUUCAAGCGCAAGAACUCGCAGCCUACUUCCUAGCCAUUCCCGAAGAGAAUCGCCCCACCAUCAUACUAUCUUCCCCUUAUUAUCGUUGUCUGCAAACUUCCAAGCCAACAUCCCAAGCUCUUGAAGUGCCCAUCUAUGUCGAACACGGAUUGUCCGAAUGGUACUCCCCUGUCGCUCCUGGCACUGGCUUGCACCCUAGACCAUCGUCCGCUGCAGUCAUGCAAACUUACUUCUCAGAGAUCGACCCCUCAUGGUCCUCGAUCUGGUAUCCCACGCGAAGAGGCGAGGAAGUCGAAGCCUUGCAUGAGCGCGCCAACGGCGUAUUAGAUCUGCUCGUUCCGGAGAUAGAAAGGCGCUUCGGCGACAAGCACAAGAACAUUCUUCUAGUCAGUCAUGCUGCAACGGUCAUCGUGCUGUGCCGGGCCUUACUGGCCCAGCCGGACCUCCCUCUGAGAGUUGGCUGCUGCUCGAUCUCCGAGUUUUCCCGUAAAUCAGGCGCUUCGGGCGUAUUGGGGUCUUGGGAGGCCAAGGCUUUGGUUUCAGGCAGCCACCUGAAGGAAGGUGCAUCCAGGGACUGGGGGUUGGAGGACAUCCAGAUUGCAAAUGGCAAGGUCGUGUCAGACACAGGUGUUCCCGGGACACAAGAAGAGGAGGAAGACAAUUGUGGACCCCAAAUACAUCGCAGCAGUUUGUGAUAGUUCUCAGAGCGAUGUCAUUCCGGAUGCGCAGUGGUUAUUCCUUUUGACAAGUCAGAUUAGAUAGAAGAAUUGGUAGAGUCACGCAGUUGCAUGUUUCAAAGAUGGCUGGA